AUGGAAUUCUCAUCAGCCUUCACCUUUAGGGUGAGGGACCAGGAGCAUGACCAACACACCAGCGUCAACACCCCUGUCGCUCCGCAAUCCACCGGUACAAACUGUCCUCACUUUGCGGGAUUUAUGGCAGUAUGCUUCGCUGAAGGCCACAAUGAUCUGGGUCUUCAUCCUGUCAUCACGAACACGACUCCAAACUUUCAAGAUGUUUCCCUAGGAGGUGGAUCUUUCGAUGUUCGAAAAGUGGAGGUUUCUUCAUUUCCGACUGGACUUGGAGCCAAUAUCUUCUUGAAUCGCGAAUAUGUCGCCGUCAAGCACCCUAGGAUACAAGAUGACAACUCUGUAUCAUUUGGGGAUAUCUCCCUGGAACUGCAGAUAUUGCGCCACCCUCCACUUCAAAAGAAUGAGAAUGUUGUCGAUUUGCUAUCUGUGAUGUAUCAUGACACAGGGAAUGAGGAAGGAAUCCGCAUUCUCCCAGCUCUGGUUCUCGAAUAUGCUGAGUAUGGAAGUCUCAAGGCUUUCCAAGAAGCUGGUUAUGCAAGAUCCAUGGAGGAGAGGUUGGGAAUUGCACUUGACACAGCGAGAGGUCUUGAAGUCCUUCAUCAGUCCGGCAUUGUACACGGCGAUAUCAAACCUUCCAAUUUGCUUGUCUUUAAGCACCAUACCCGCAAGUACAUCGUUAAGCUUUCCGACUUUGGUUUUGCCAUGUCAGUGGAGGGAGGGCAACUAAUUGGGAGUACCGAAGUCUACAGUGCACCUGAGGCCGACGGAGCUUCAGGACCAAGCCGGUACCUACGUCAGCAGGACAUCUACUCUUUCGGGUUAACCUUGUGGACCGUCUUUAGCGACGGCAUCCCAUACUAUUCAUCACUACCUGAUGGAGAAAGAAUUGAGAAUCUCAGGAAGAUCAAGAAGUCCAACCUGCUACCGAGUCUAGCUGCCUUCAAUGUUCUCUACCGUCUGCGGAAUGAGAGUUAUCCACUGAUGACUCUCGUCAAGGUUAUCGUAUACUCUACACAGCUACAACCAGAAAAGCGAUUCUCGAACAUGUCCAAGAUUAUUGAGCAUCUUGAAAUGACCGAAUCCAUCGUCAAGAACAGAAACGGGCAUGAUACUCCGGACUGCCAAGCCCUAAGAACAUCAUCUAAGCUGUUACUGAGAUUGGCUUCGGAAGCCAAGCCUACAGAAUCAGAAGAAGAACAAUCUGAAAGACUUACGCUUACUGGUCUUGUUACACUAUCCUCAGUGUACCUCAGCAAAGAGCUUGGGGUUGUGGGAUCUGAGAUGACGCUGGACCCUGAGCAGUUUCGUGGCAUUUUGGUCAAGUUCUUACCGAAAGCACAUGAAAGAUUCUAUUCCUUCCUAAACGAAGAAGAUAUGCCACUUAAGAAACUACUGCAAGAUAUCUCGAAGGGAAGAAUUGAGCGCGCUGUAGCAGAGCUCUUGGCCGGCUCUGCUAAUUCUGGCGAAAAUAGGGAAUCGGGGCCAAUUUCUGCCAGGACUGCCUGUCAGAUGAUCCUCGAUUGCGCUGGCUUCCUAAAUGAGGCUUCCAAUCACGCUCCGGCUGCAAGUGACACCUCGCUAUCCAUCCCGACACCAUUGCAUCUGAUGCGUGACGAAGACUUUAUCCCAGACAUCUCCAAAAGCUCCAACAUCCUACAAAAGGCGCCAAAGCUUGUAAGAGUCGCACUGGCAGAGAGUCUAAAGAAUAUAUUCAAUACAUCGAGUAAUGAGAACGAGAAGGCUUAUGCCGCCCUCAACCUUGCGUACGCCUGUGUUGAUGAAAUUGGACUCGACUACGACUUGAAAAUGGCUGCAGAGUAUAUAUUCCGGGCUGCGAGUCUAGGCUUGGAAAAAGCCCGCACAUUGUACAUUUCCACUUUCUCUCACGUUCCUGGUUCCGAAGCACCAGACCAGGAGACCCUACGCACUUGGCUACUCGAAUCGGCGCAAGCUGGAAGCCCCACCGCGCUUCGAAAAUUGAAAGAUGUGUCGAUAGUAGACUGGCAACAGGUGACCCAAACGUCCCGAGAUAAAGAAGUAAACCUUUUGGGUGUGAGUCACGACGUAUCUGGAGAGAUGGUCUCUAUGUUCAACAGCAUGUCCUUGGGUGACACAGAUACUACUCAAGUUCAAGGCGUACUUAUCUGGAGCAUUGUGCAAGACAAACCUGAAGUCACCUUAUCCUGUCUAGAUCGACAGCCUGGGUUGGACGCGGUAGCACUACAGAACGGCGAAACCCCUGUGUUAAUGGCUGCUCGGCUCGGCCGCCGACACGUUCUAGAGACCAUUCUAAACCGCGCUGAUUGUCACACCGCUGCAGAGCUUACAGACGAAAGAGGUAUAACGUCUCUCCACUGGCUUUGUUCGUUCGCAGAUGAGGAUAUUGGAGCCGUGGCUUCUCUCCUUGCUAGCAAGGGUACUGAUCUUAAUUCUCCUGCCUGCGCCAUAUCAUCGACUCGGUACGGAGUAAAAGUCCACGAAGAGAGUCUCUUGACAUAUACACCUCUGCAUUGGGCAGUAGUUCGGAAUCGUGUGGCUGCGGUGGAUACUCUCAUCAAACUAGGCGCCGAUCCAAACUUUUGCAUGGAGGCUGCAGAUGGGGAGGAAGCAAAUCUUACACCUCUGGAACUUGCAUGUGGUUUCUGCUACUCGGAAAUAGUAGCUCGUCUUCUGCGGGAGGAUUCAGUCCGCCAAGUAGUUGAUGCACCCACGCCGAUGGUUAAUGGUAAGGAUGUGAUGUACCGCCCUCUUUUCCACGUCGUACGCGGAGGCCCUCGUUGGCGACGACUUGUUUUGUCGGGAGUUCACUUCGAGGAGGAGUCAAGAAAGACGAUCCAAACCCUCAUCGAGAAUGGGGCGUCGACUGAUGCAGUCUUGCAAGUUCACGACGUCAAAAUGCCAGCUGUUUUCGCCACGGCCUAUCAUCAGUGCUCAGCAGACUUUAUGGUAUCUGGCCUGCAGCUGGGAUUUGCAGACCAGAUAAAUGCGCGCUUUGGUGGAAUCUCUAGUGGAGGGUCUGCUCUGUUUCUGGCUAUCACUCAUGGCGAUCGUGUUAUGUUCAAGGCUCUACUUGAUACUGGAGCUGAUGUCACUGGGAUGGACAAUAGCGGGCUCAAUCCAUUGCACCGUGCUGCCAAGGAGACCGACGACAUUUAUUUUGUCAAAGCACUUCUUGACAGAGGCCUGCUAGUCGAUCCUGCUGACCAGGAAACUAUAAGUGCUUUCUGGGUGGCUGUCUGGACAGGUAACUUGACCAUUGCAAGAUAUCUUUACGACCGGGGUGCAGAUAGAGAUCGAAUUCCCACGACGGUCAAGAGAAACAUUCUAGGGGAGAUGCUUUUCCGACACACCAGAAAUGCGUUGGGGCGAAUCAAAUUCCUGCUAAGUCUUCCAGACCGCGAUGGAUCUGAUGGAUUCAUGGUUUCAAUCGAUGAGAACACGCGCUAUUCAUUACUCCACUUCGCCAUUCCCUACAUCUCAGAAUUUGCUCAGGACAACGAAAUCACUGGAAUAAUGAUGGCCGAGAUUCUGCGCAGGUACAACACUCCAGAACACCUCGACAACACAUCAGGCCCACACGAGAUGACAGCCCUCGCCAUGGCUGCCGAGGUAGGAAACUACUUCGUUGCGAGGCGCCUACUCGAGUGCGGAGCAAGUCCAAACAUACCUGAUCAGUAUGGACGAACAGCGCUGGACCUUGUCCAUAAGCGGUAUUGCUUCCCAGAAACGUUCGUGGCUAUGGGGAAGGUUGAUAAUGAGGAUGAGUUGGCCGUCUCAGGGAUGUUGAGGGCUGUGAAUGAGAAUACGAGCGAGUUGCUGGGACUUCUUUAUUCGUACAAAGCCGAGAUUAGGAGUUGGAGACCUCCGGCGUGGUUGGAAGGUGACCCUGGGCAUCGAACAUUGGCUUGGGUUAUGGAGCGUCUUCGGGAGGAUACUGGUAGCUCAGAAUGA